UCCGUGGUUACACCGCAAACAAGAUGGCGGCAAAACACUUGAGUUGUUGGUGACCCAGGAACUCCAAAACAACGACGAUUUUAAUCUAUAAACCCACAAACUACCAACGUUUACACCUAAAACUAAACGUUAAUACGACGGCAAGGAGAAAAUAUUUUAUGAUGAGCUGAAAACAUGAACAAAAGCUCAUCCAGUAAAUGGGAAAAAUCUAAAGGAAAGCAAUUCAAGCCAGCAAAAGAGCCACCGUCUGGUGUAUCGACUGCAAAGGAGGUACUUUCAUCUGGAUACGAGGACUACCUUCUACUCUUACAAGAAAGAAACAGGUUGCUGAAAAAGCUAAAAGAAAAGGAUGUUAAACAAAUAGCGCUAGAGAAGAAAGAACAAGGGUUUUCUCUGUAUGUUAAUGGUGCUAAUGUAGACUUGGGUAAAGUGGUACCACACCCGCCAACAUCAAAGACCAGAAGCCAGUCAAGACAAACCAAGACUGCAGAUGCUUAUAGUGAGAGAAAGAGACAGUUAGAAUAUGAACUGCAGUGGCUUGAGAAGGAGAUAGGGGAAACAAGAGCCAAGACAGCUCCAGUACCAGACCCUUUACCAAGAAAAGAAUGGCAACCAGAUGCAGUUCACAUCAAGACAAGUAAAGGAGAAAAGGUCAAAAUACAUGCCCCAGGAUUACUCUCUGGGAAGUACAGUGAAGAUUUUGAAGCCAUGGACAACGAUGAUGCCAGUGAUGAGGAUCAUGAUUUUGAUGAAGAUCUUGAUAGAUAUUUUAACAGUUCAGAGGACAUUGGAUUAGAAGAAGAUGAAGAAGAGGAAGAGGAUGAGCUUACACUAAGUAUCAAUGAUGUAGAGACAUUGAGAAAGUCAUUAGAAGCAGAUGAGAGCAUAAGAGAAAGCAUCAAAGCCGCUCAAGAGAGAAUUGAACGUGAAGAGAAGAGUACUACAGAUGCUGCUGCUGACGAGGAGGAAGAAGAGAUAGAAGAAGAGCUUGAAGGAACAAGUAACAGCUUAAAUCUUGCUGAGAUUGACAAACUUCCUCAACUGACUCCAACAAACAACAAAAGGUCAACUGGAACAAAAGGAAACACUGAACCUCAAGGAAGGAAAGCUGUUGAUACUGAGGAAGUAAUGCCAGUAUUAAGGAAGGAAGGAAGGAAAGAAGUUGUUGAUAUUAAGAAAUCUGUUAAUACUGAGGAAGUAGCACCUGUAUUAAGGGAAAAGACCUUUGUGAAAGAAUCACCUAGGAAAAAGAAGAAUGGAAAGGGAGUGAAAAGGAAUGAAAGGAAUGGGACAGAUGAAGAUCUGGUUGUUUUAAGCUUUUCUAAUAAUUCAAAGACAAAGAAAAAAGAAAGAGUUUUGCCUAGCACAAGAAGGAAAUCAGAUGCUGAGGAAAUCGUACCAGCAACUAACAAAGUGAAAGAUAAUGUUUCAAAGAUAGCUCCAAUGUUUAUACCUUUGAACUCAAAAACACCAGAAGAUAAUAUUGAAAUGAAUUGUUCUCCCAGGAAUAGAAUCAGAAGGCUGUCCUCAACAAGAAAAAGUCAAUCAUCUGACCAAACAAAAGAAGAUAAAAAUGCAGAGGAAAUCUUCAAAGCUAUGGCACUUGAAAACCAAACAAUUGAUACUUUUAGUAGAUACCACACAGCCCCAGAAAAAAGAAAAGUUAUCAGAGUUUCAAGUGAAGAACCAAGGCCUUUGUCCAUGGGAUCAAACCCAGGAGAAACCAUAUCCAAAGUGACACAGAAAGUCAGAAAUAUGGAUGCAAGACAACAGCAACAUCUAAUCUCUCUGCUGUCCAAACUUGAGCUGAAAGAACCACCUUUCAAAUCUACAUCUUCCGUGUCCAAGCAGAGAGCUUCACCCAUGAAAGCGACAGUGCCUUAUUCUACUGCACCACAGCAAAGCUGCAGCCCUGAGGCAGUAGAAGCCAAGUCAAGUGUGAUUUCUCAUGGAGGAGAAUCAGUAGGGGAGUCAUUCUUAAAUGAAAGUGAAGGAGAUUCGGAGAUCACUAUAGAAAUACGGUCCAACUGGGGACAUCCAAACACUCUCGGCAUCACAGAGCUUCAGUUCUUUGAUCUUGAAGGCAAGAUUCUUCGAUACACUGCUGAUGAUGUCAGUGUCUCUGGUUACCUUGGUGACCAAGGAGCACUUGGUAACCUGGCCAAUGGGAAAACUAAGACCAAUAAAUCAAAAUACAUGUGGUACUGCCAGUUCCUACCUGGUUCUGCUGUAGAGCUAAUGUUCCACCUCCCAAUCAACCCAAGUUAUCUAGCAAAAAUAGUCAUCUGGAACUUCAAUGGAGGUGUUAAGGACUUGAAUAUUGGUGUCAAGGAUGUUAGGAUAUUUACUGGUGGGGAGCUGUCGUGGACAGGGACUAUUGACAAGGGCUGCGGCAAUCAAGUCUUUGAUUAUAGCACAGUGAUCAACCUAUCAGAACCUUUAAAAAAGUCUGAAAAUGUCCAGCCAGUAAUCAGAAGUGAGACAGUAGUCCUUCAUCACUCUACUGAUUCCAUACAAGAUAACCCCAAAGACUUACCAAUAGUCACUAGUCAAGCCAAGACAGACACUGGUAGACCCACAGAUGUUACUGGUAAGAUGCAUACACAUGGCAACCAAGCAAUAAUGAACAUCAGUACACCCAAAAAAAAUGACAAGAAACUCAGAAAAGAGGCUGAUAAACCAGAGGUUGAUGACAGUUUAACAUCAUCAAGACCUCCAGUGCAAAGCUCAUCUCCAGUUCCUAUUUCAACACCAAAAUCUUCAGCUGAUAUGCAGUCACCUCGGGCCUCACCUCAACCUGGAAACUCUGGAUUUACGAAACAAAUUGAAAAGAGCAAGGCUGCUGCAUUAGAAUCUCUUCUCUGGAGCAAACAAAUGGGAGGUACACAACAAAAACAAGUUACAAGAUGGAAUUCCACCCCUAAUCUGUCUUCAGACUUUGAUUCCAAUAAAGAUACAAGUAUGGAUGCUCUACGGGGAGAUGCCGCUGCUUUACCAAGUAAACCGCCUUGGAUAGAGAACACAAGGAAGAAGACUCAAUCUAGAUCCAGCUCAAGGUCCAAGUCACGUCCCAUUUGGCUACAGGACAAUGAAGAUAGUGGCCUUUCAUCCCCAAAGAGGAGUUUAAGUUCCACUGAAGUAAGGCUGGAUCACAAUCCUACACCAGUAGAUGGUGCAUUUAGAUCCAGGAGUACAGGAGAAAGAAGUAACAGCCUUCCUGGAAGACAUGAUGGCACCCUGACUAAUCAGUGGCCAGAUGACUUUGCUAGCAAGCAAGAAGAAACAUUACCAACAUUUUUAAAGCCUGAACUUCUCCAAAAGGAAAAAAGAAAAUCAGAUUCCAGACACUCAAGAAAAAGGGACCAAUCACCAUCACCUUUAGCCWCGCCCACUGGCCAUGUGAUGACCACGCCCUCUGACCAUGAACAGCCACGCCUAUCACAUAGUCAGGUUGAAGAAUCCAAACAGGAUGCAUUGUCCAAGAGACAGCAAUGGAGAAUGAAUCAAAGUCUGAGUCUAGAAGAAUCCUGGAAUGUGUUAUCAAUGUUUGAACACUCCCACAAGGGUCGAAUUACCAAAGAUAUGGACCUGGAUUGUCAUGAUGAUGCUCUUGAUCAGUUUUUGUCUAGUGAAGUAAACAGACCAGAAUCAAGGGUAGAAAUCCCUCGAGAUCCUCAAGAAUAUACUCAUCAUGUAGAUGGAAGUGCUAACAGUUAUCUGGAAGCAAGUCAAGAGAUUCCAACCCUACCCAAAGGGAAGCUGCUAACCAUCAAUAUCAGGUCUACGUGGGGUGAUAGACACUAUGUUGGGCUGAAUGGAAUUGAGGUGUUCACAGAGUAUGGAAAACCAGCCGAAAUACAACAGAUUUCUGCUGAACCACUGGACAUAAAUAUUCUGCCAGAAUAUGGCAGUGACCCGCGUGUGGUCAGUAAUCUAACAGAUGGGAUCUUUCGUACAAGGGAUGAUAUGCAUUUGUGGAUGGCUCCAUUCACUCCUGAUAGCAAUCAUUACAUUUACCUGACUUUUACAGAGAACAUCAAGAUUGCUAUGAUUAGAAURUGGAACUACAAUAAAUCUCGCAUCCACUCGUACCGAGGCGCUAGGGAUGUAGAAAUUUUUCUGGACAACAAUCUGAUCUUCCAGGGAGAAAUACAAAGAGCAAGUGGUACGCUUGGUGAAGAUGAACCAUUUGGCGACACUAUUCUAUUCACAAUGGACGAAGAGAUCCUGAAUGCCAUGUCAUUCUACGAUCAAACCUACGAGAUACCAGAAGAGGAGGAGAGCUUGGUGUACAGCACUGAGUACGAGAGACCUUCCACUGCUGAUAAAGAUGAAGACUCUGAGGAGGAUGGUGAUCGUCCAUUCACGUGUGCAAGACGUCGCCAGAAGAUGAAUCCUGACAAAGAGUCUACCAACCAGGAAAUUGAUCUUCCUGUAGAGUCUGCUGAUGACGAAGGACUCGUGUAUGGACAAGUUUUAGAGCUUUGUUUCGUGUCCACAUGGGGAGAUCCCUACUACUUAGGCCUAACAGGGCUGGAGUUAUUUGGACCCACCAUGGAGGCAAUUCAUCUCUCAAUCGACAUGUUAGAUGCGAAUCCACGAGAUUUGAACGACUUGCCGAAUUAUGGUGAUGACGACCGCACUUUAGACAAAGUCAUUGAUGGUACUAAUGUAACAACAUCAGACGAACACAUGUGGUUAAUACCAUACACAGAAGGCCAGGACCACACCCUUACUGUUAACAUGGGUCACGUGACCCAGCUGCUCGGCAUGAGGGUCUGGAACUACAACAAGUCAGCGGAUGAUACCUUUAGAGGAGCGAAAUUGGUGCAUGUCAAGUUAGACGGGCGAAUACUUUCUCCUCCCGAAGGAUAUCUCCUCAGAAAAGGUCCUGGUAACACGCAUUUUGACUUUGCGCAAGACAUCUACUUCAUCAAAUCAGCCGCCCCGUCAUUGGGUCACGUGCCUAGUGGUCCUGCAGAUGAACCAAUCAGGAGGCCUGAAAGUAGAGUCAAUAUCAAGAAGCUUGUUCCAGAUUAUGAACCGACCUUAAUGCCCACAGGAUUCGUUUUCCAGUUUCAUUUGCUGUCCAGCUGGGGCGAUCCAUACUACCUUGGCCUGAAUGGCAUAGAAUUCUACGAUGAGAACGGCUACAGGCUUCAUCUAACAGCAAAUAACGUAACAGCCUACCCACACAGCGUCAAUGUACUAGAUGGUGUGACGGAUGACGUCAGAACCCCUGAUAAAUUGAUAGAUGGGGUGAAUGAUACCAAUGAUGGUAGACACAUGUGGCUCGCUCCAAUCUUCCCUGGACAGGUGAACUUGAUUUACGUGAUUUUUGACGAGCCUGUCACUGUCUCCAUGGUGAAGAUUUGGAACUACAGCAAGACCUCGAUCAGGGGGGUGCAGCAGUUUGGGAUAUUUGUAGAUGAUUUGCUAGUCUACCAUGGGUUCUUACCUCAAGUGCCUACUAGACGUGGUAUCCUACCCAAUGUGGACAUGCCUGUACCUCAUCAUACAGUGCUCUUCACCGACAGAGAGCAAAUAGCGAUGUCCGAAAGGAAAAACGUUGUACGGUCUAAUGAUUUAGAACAAGACGUACAACUGACAAACGACAAGAGARUUGUUACUCGUUACGCUGAUCCCAAGUCUGCAAGCAAAGCUGCUGACCCAGCAUUGAGACCCAUKACAAGUGUUAAGCUCCUGGCCAAGUACCCAAGAUGAAUUUCAUAUCACACRAGAAAUAUAAAAAUCUGAAAUAGUAUAAUUAUAAUUUAUUUUWAAGGAUGUUGUGUAUAGUAUAGAACAAUCAGUAAUAUAUUACGGGGUUUAUAAAUAACCAAUGCUUUUUUAAAAUGU